AUGGAUACAAGCAAACAUCGCGAGAUCACGUUCCCGGAAACAGAGUGUCCAAACCUGAGUAUAGAUACAACAUGUGAAGGUACAUAUGCAACACAUGAGAGUACAGAUGCAACAUCUGAGAGUACAGGUACAACAUGUGAGAGUACAAGUACAACACGUGGGAAAACAGACACAACAUGUGAGAGUAAAGACACAACAUGUGGGAGUACAGAUAAAGCAGGCGAGAGUAAAUUACGUAAUAAAGAAACCACAACAAGCGUGGACACCACAUGCGAUACUCUAACACUAGCCAGGCUGGACAGGGAAAGUCAAG